AUGGACAUUCAUUCGAUCAUCAUGAAAGUGCUCGUAGUCUUCGCUCUUGCUUUGGCCUCCGCCUCCGCUGGCCUGCUGCCCCAGGUGCUGCCUGUGCACCCCCGUGACCUGCCCGCUGUGCCCUCGAUCGAGGGUCGCAUCACCAACGGCCAGACCGCCUCGGAGGGACAGUUCCCCUACCAGGUGGGACUAAGCUUUGGCAGCUCCAGCGGCAGCUGGUGGUGCGGUGGUUCGAUCAUCGACAACUCCUGGGUGCUGACUGCUGCUCACUGCACCAGCGGUGCCUCUGAUGUGACCAUCUACUACGGCGCCACUGUCCGCACCAGCGCCAAGCUCAGCCAGACCGUCUCCAACUCGGAUUUUGUGCAGCACGCCAGCUACAACAGCAUUAUCCUGCGCAACGACAUCUCGCUGAUCAAGACCCCUGCCGUCACCUUCACCUCGGCCAUCAACAAGGUUGCCCUGCCCUCAAUUGCCAGCAGCUACUCGACCUAUGCCGGCGAUACCGCCGUCGCUUCCGGCUGGGGCAAGACCUCUGAUGCUGCCAGCUCUGUGGCCAACAUUCUGCAGUUCAGCACUUUCACCGUGGUGACCAACGCCAACUGCGCGAACGUUUACGGCUCCCUGAUCAUCAAUAAUGGCGUCCUCUGCAUUGGCACCCCCAACAAGGUGUCCACCUGCAACGGCGACUCUGGUGGCCCAUUGGUCCUGACGAGCAGCAACGUGCUGAUCGGCGUCACCUCCUUCGUCUCGAGCGCUGGCUGCGAGUCCGGCGACUACGCUGGCUUCUCCCGUGUCACCUACUUCUUGGACUGGAUCAAGUCCAACUCUGGAGUCUCCUACUAAAGCAGAGCUGCGGCACUUUCUUUCUUUCUUUCCAAAAAA